CUUUUGUCCCUCCGCCGCGGGAGCAACCGGCGGGGACUCCUUUCUCUCUCGGGUUUCUCCGCCUCCCCCCGCGAGUCCCGUGAAAGCAACAGAGGUGACGGGGAGGCGAGUCGGCGGUGUCCUUCCGCCCGGCGAGGGCACUCCUUUCCGUGUCUCCCCACCGAGCCGGCGGCGUCCGGGCGGCGCACCGGGGCGGCGACGCGGCUGCGGCGCGGGCGGCGAGGCUGCGGGGCGAUGAGGUGAGGCUGCCGGGGACGGGAGGUGGCAGCCGGCGCCGGCCCCGGGACGCGGGCCUCGGAGCGGGCGGCGGCCUCUGGGACCCCGCGGCCGCGCGCGAGGCGAGGAGAGAACAUUGAACUUAUUCUCUGAGCUAUUUGAAGAGAGUGACUAAAUGCACCUGGGUCAGGCUGGCUGUGGGCAUGAAGUGGUUGGGAGAAUCCAAGAACAUGGUGGUGAAUGGCCGGAGACAUGGAGGCAGGUUGUCUAAUGAGCAUCAGCAGAACCAGCCGAAAGUGCCGCACCCGGGGAAGGACUCUGUGAAGGCCGGCAGACACGCAGGGGAGAGGAGGUCCAGCAGAUGUAAUGGUAACUCAGGAUUCGAAGGACAGAGUCGAUAUGUACCAUCUUCUGGAAUGUCCGCUAAGGAACUCUGUGAAAAUGAUGACCUAGCAACCAGUUUGGUUCUUGAUCCCUAUUUAGGUUUUCAGACACACAAAAUGAAUACUAGCAGCGCCUUUCCUUCGAGGAGCUCAAGGCACUUUUCAAAGUCUGACAGUUUUCCUCACAACAGCCCUGUGAGAUUCCGGCCUAUUAAAGGAAGGCAAGAAGAGCUGAAGGAAGUCAUUGAGCGUUUUAAGAAGGAUGAGCACUUGGAGAAAGCCUUCAAAUGUUUGACUUCCGGCGAAUGGGCGCGACACUAUUUCCUCAACAAGAACAAAAUGCAGGAGAAGCUAUUCAAGGAACACGUGUUCAUUUACUUGAGAAUGUUUGCAACUGAUAGUGGAUUUGAAAUACUGCCUUGUAAUAGAUACUCAUCAGAACAAAAUGGAGCCAAAAUAGUUGCAACGAAAGAGUGGAAACGAAAUGACAAAAUAGAAUUACUGGUGGGUUGUAUUGCCGAACUUUCAGAAAUUGAGGAGAACAUGCUGCUUAGACACGGAGAGAACGACUUCAGUGUCAUGUAUUCCACCAGGAAAAACUGUGCUCAGCUCUGGCUCGGCCCGGCCGCGUUUAUAAACCACGAUUGCAGACCUAACUGUAAGUUCGUGUCCACUGGUCGAGAUACAGCGUGUGUGAAGGCUCUGCGAGAUAUUGAACCCGGAGAAGAAAUCUCUUGUUAUUAUGGAGAUGGGUUUUUUGGAGAAAAUAAUGAGUUCUGCGAGUGUUACACGUGCGAAAGACGAGGAACUGGUGCUUUCAAAUCCAGAGUGGGACUGCCUGCGCCUGCUCCUGUUAUCAAUAGCAAAUAUGGACUCAGAGAAACAGAUAAACGUUUAAAUAGGCUUAAAAAGUUAGGUGACAGCAGCAAAAACUCAGACAGCCAAUCGGUCAGCUCUAACACUGAUGCAGAUACCACUCAGGAAAAACACAAUGCAACUUCUAGCCGAAAAUCUUCAGUUGGUGUGAAAAAGACCAGCAAGAGCAGAACAUUAACAAGGCAAUCUAUGACAAGAAUUCCAGCUUCUUCCAACUCUACCUCAUCUAAGCUAACUCAUCUAAACAAUUCCAGGGUACCAAAGAAACUGAAAAAGCCUGCAAAGCCUUUACUUUCGAAGGUAAAAUUAAGAAACCAUUGCAAGCGGCCGGAGCAGAAGAGUGCUUCAGGAAAGCUCGAGAUGGGAAACUUAGUCCUUAAAGAGCCAAAAGUGGUUCUGUAUAAGAAUCUGCCCCUUAAAGACCAGGAGUCGGAGGGACCAGUGCCAGCCACUGCGGCCAGUGGGUGCUUAACCAGACACGCGGCCAGGGAGCACAGGCAGAAUUCGGGGCGAGGGACCCCCUCGCCAGGGGAGGGCGCCCCCAGCGCCUACCCCACCAGGCGGUCUGCACGGACGAGAAUGGUUCUGAAGGAGCCCUCUGACAUCAAGCUUGAACCAAAUACUCCGGACGGCUACGGCUACGAAAGCAGCGUGACUGAGCCGGGCCCGGAGGGCGAGCACCCGCCGCCUGCGGCACCGGAGGAGGAGGAGGAGGAGGGAGAGCUGGCGGGUGACGCCGCGCUCGGCGGGGAGGCGAGGUGUCCGCGGGGCGACGGCAGCGUUGGGAAAAAGAAGUCACGGCUCGUGAGGCAGUCGGCGAAGGCGGGGGAGUCCACUCCGGAGCACAGUCCCCCCGGGAAGGCCGGGCCGGGGCCCGGUGUGCCGGCGUCCCUCCCGGACCAGGGCGAGCACAGCGGCUCCGAGGGGCCGCCCGGCAGCUACACGGCCUGGGCCGCUUCGCCCGUGGCCGGCCCGGCGGUGACGGCGGACAGCUUCAAAGCAAAGGACGGCUUCAGGGCUGCGAAGAGCAAGAAGAAGAGGCGCAUCACGCGGUAUGACGCGCAGCUCAUCCUGGAGAACAGCUCCGGGAUCCCCAAGCUGACGCUGCGCCGGAGGCACGACAGCAGCAGCAGGACCAGCAACCCCGAGGGCGACGGGGCGAACUCCUCCAAGAUCAGCAUCAAGCUGAGCAAAGACCACGAGAACGACAGUAAUCUCUACGUAGCAAAGCUCAAUAACGGGUUUAACUCAGGGCCGGGCAGCAGCGCCACCAAGUUAAAGAUCCAGCUCAAGCGGGACGAGGAGGGCCGGGGGCCGUGCGCCGAGGGGCGGCACGAGAACGGGGUGUGCUGCGGGGACCCGCUGUCCCUGCUGGAGUCGCAGAUGGAGGUGGGCGACUACAGUCCGUACGAGGAAGACAGCACGGACGCCUCCUCUUCCUCCGAGGGCGACGACGACGAGGACGACGACGACGACGACUUCGAAGACGAUUUCAUUCCCCUCCCGCCCGCCAAGCGGCUGCGGCUCAUCGUCGGAAAGGACGCCAUCGAUAUUGACAUUUCUUCCCGGAGGAGAGAGGAUCAGUCCUUGAGGCUUAACGCGUAGGCUCUGGCGUAAACUACUUAAAAAUAAAAGAUUCCAGUCUAUUAUUCCUCCACUAAAACCUGUUAGCGGCAGCACUUCUCUCGUUUCUCACUUCCCGGCAUAACGCGUAGAAAGUGUACAGCGUACCGACUGGCUGAGGUCUGGUUUGCGCGCAUUUUUAUUGUACUUUUUGAAUAGCCUCCUUACGUGCAAUUCCGAGUCAGAGGGAAGCCCUGUUGGCAAGGGAAGGCUCAGCAAACUGCAGUGGGAGCAGCUUUCCGCGCUGAAAACAGCGAUGCGGCCGCACAGUUUUAACUGUAAGAGCAUCAGCUGGCUCUUUAAUGUGUGACUGAACAGCAACUCACACCAACCCUAGUAGCGGCAUAUUAAGGUUUUCUAGUCCAUGCUAAUAUCACCAGCAAUGACCUUUGGCUUUUUGGUUUAUUUGCUAGACGUCCCCUUGGAGUUGAUCAGUUCCACACUGUUUGCUGGCCAGGCGUACUGUGUGUGGCCUUGGUUAACUAGCAGACCAUCAGGAGUCAAAUUGGUUUUUGUUUUUUUUUUAAGUACAAUCCCAUGCGUGACAGCCAACUUUUCAGUACAUUAUAUGUACGAGGGUAGCAGUUGCAGGAUGAGUUUCGAUACAGCGUAUUUAUUGCUUGUCAUGUAAAUUAAAGACCUUGUAUUUAACACUUUUCAAUACUUUUAGAUAAAAUUGUUCUUUGCAAGAAUGAUUGGUGCUUAUUUUUUCAAAAAUUUGCUGUGAACAAUGUGAUGACAACAAGCAACAUUUAAUGAACUACAGCUAUCUUCAUUUGGGUCUUCAAGUUUUCUGUUGCACUUGUAAAAUGCUACAAGGAAUAUUAAAAAACUCUAUUCACUUUAACUUAUAAUAGUUUAUGAAAUAAAAACAUGAGUCACAGCUUUUGUUCUGUGGUAACCUAUAAAAAUGUUUGUCUUUAAAAGUCAAUGUAAAGAACUGAAAACGAUGUAUAUGUUGUAAAUAUUUGUGUGUUGUGAGAAAUUUUUGUCAUAAGAAAUUAAAAGAACUUACCAGGAAGGUUUUUAAGUUUAGAAAUAUCCAUGCCAAUAAAAUAGGAAAUUAUAAAUACAUAGUUUUAAGCACUGCAUCAGUGGGAGUUCUUGACUUAUGUUAGUUUAUGUAUGAAAAUAUCGAAGAGUUUUUGACUAUAUUAUCAGUUAGACGGAAAGAAGAGUCAGAUUUAAUUUGUUUUUGAAGCACUUUGAAAAGAUAAAUUAAUUUUAAGUAAGUUAAUGAACGAAAUUUUACUACUUUAUGUUCAGUACCAGUCUUUCCUUUUCCUGGGUGGUUUUCCUUGGACAGACACUGGGGGAUGUGAGCCUGCAGCGGGCAGAGCCAGUGGGUCUGCUCCUGGUGCUCUCUGACACACAGCGCUCCUGGGUACCCCGUCCGGGACCCGUAGUGUCUGGAAAGGGAGCCCCGUUUUAAAUGUUGAAGGAAUCUGCAGGUGAUGGAACCCUUGGAGAAACCUCUGUGCUCACUGUCAUUCCUAAUUAUUCCCCCAGUUCCCAGCUGCUGGGACACUCAGUUCCUUAACACUAUCGCAGUAGGUUCCAGGUAAAAAUUAACAACCUCCAUAAGAGUUUGUUUUAAUGUAGCCGUUUGUUCUCCUUCCUUCCUUCAAGGCAUUACUUCUGCAGUCUGCUGUCGCCCCCGCAUGUUCAGAUGCAGUCCACCCUCAGGUAGCGAUGGGCAGCGCGUGGCACGCUCCCUGCCUCUGUGCUCAGCUGGAGCGCCCCCGGCCAGCAGGCGGCCCAGGCCUGUCCGGAGUCCUCGGAGCACGGGGUCCGUGAGACGGGCACUGGGCCACCAGGGCAGGGCAGAGGGCCCCCGCAUCCCCGCCUUCAAUCAAACAGUAACUUAAACGUCUUGAACUGUUUCUUGGAAUACCAACAAUAGCCGUUACAGGAAUCCCAGUCUUAAAUAUCGUAUUUCCCACUUUUCUCCAUUGUUAAGCUUCUUUUCAGUAACUUAUUUAUGAUGUUAGUUUUUACUGUAGUGCAGCCUCGUCCUGUGAGGCUGGCCUUCCCGUGUCUGAGCAUGACACCGGCAGCCUCACUGUCCCAGAGUCUGUGCCCCAGCCUGGCCACCGCCGGCGCCUUCCGAGGAGCUGACUGUCCGUUGUGUCGUCCUGGCUCUGCCCUCUGGUGAUCUCUUGUAAGAGGUCAAUGAAACUUCAUUCAGUAAAACUCUUAGCUUGAGCUUAUGCAAUGAUUGGUAAAGACUUUUGCAUUGUAAGAAUUAGGAAGUGAUCAUAGAAAUACAUGUAUUCAAUUUUCAAUCAUUUUUCAAACUACUGUUUUAAAUUGUUUUUGCUGAGUUGUAAUACUUUUGAGAUACAAUGUAUUCCUUGUACUGAAAGAAUGAAAAAAAGGACUUUUUCAGCAUUUGAGGUAAGUUCUUUAAUGUUUCAUUAAAAACAUUUUUUACAAAUAUUUUGUACAUGCACUUGCAGUAUUGAGGUUAAUCAUUUUAAUAAAUUCGGAAAUUAAAACA